AUGUCUCGACCAGAGGAAGAAUUUAUCCGUCUCACAAAAGUUGAUGGAUUUGUUUCCGAGACAGAAGCGGAAACGGUCUUUAACCAACUGAAACCCGUCGCGCCCUCCUUCCUUAUCGGAAAGUGGAAAGGUGGCGACCUCGAUACAGGGCAUGUUGGGCACCAAAAGCUCAGUGAACUGCGUUGGGCUGGCAAAGACUUCCGGUCCGAGAAUGAUGGUGACCCAAUCAUGGUUUUCGACGAGCAAGGGAACCGAAUUUGGAAUAAGGACUGGGGCCACUGCUCGCUUCGUGAAAUGGUUUUUCGUGGUGUGACUUCGACUGCUAUGAUCUAUGAUGAGAAGCCCAUUUUUGACCAUUUCCGUUAUGUUGAUGAUAACAUUGUUGCAGGGGCUAUGGAUUGCCCCAAGGUGUUUGGAUCUGAGUCUACCUACUACUUCUAUCUGACUCGUCUUGAAUAA